AUGCAAAGAACAGCCGUUCUUCUGCUUUAUACCACAAUCUUCCUUGGAGCGAUUCCCUUUCUGGAAGCAAAUCGAUGUCUUGGUCGUCCGGACGGGUUCUUCGCCAACGAUUUUAGAGAAUGUGAAGCCUUUUUUACGUGCGUCCGCCAAACAGCUGUUCCCGGUCGGUGUCCGGAUGGAUUUCACUUUAACGAGGAGGAACAAAAAUGUGACUACCCGUGGAAUGUGGUAUGCCUUAUUUGCGAGGAGUCUACCACGGAACCGGGUGUUAAUCCGAUUCCGGAGUUUUUCCCAAUCGAAAACGAAUGCCGAAAGUACACGCUUUGUGCCGGCGGAAUAGGAUUUCUGAGAGAAUGUUCAGCUGGACUGAUGUUCGAUCCGGUCCUAAGGAUUUGCGAUGUUGAAGACAAUGUGAACUGUUUGCAAGGUAUUUGUCCGAAUGAUAUUAAUCCAGAGCAGGCCACAAUGGUACCAGAUCCACGAGACUGCUCUCGGUAUUACAUUUGCUUCCGAAGAGAGCCAGUUGGAGGAAUUUCGCAUGCAUGCAACGAUGGGCUGUUGUUCGACCCCAUCAGCAGGCGCUGUGAUCUGGCGGCUAAUGUGGAAUGUUUGGUCCCUGAUCCACCAAUCAGCACCGAAUGUCCACCGACCGGACUACAUUACAUCCCCGAGGCUGGGUCCUGUUCGACGUAUUUCAUUUGCCUGGAUGGAGACAGAAUUGGGCCGCUAUCUUGUGCUGCAGGGUUGAUCUUUGACAUUAACACUAGAACGUGCCGACCACGAGGAGAUGAGGGCUCCCAAUGCGUGACGGAUCCUACAGGCGUGUUUGGAGUACAAAUCAAAACGUGAUCUAAUGUUUUUGAGUUUUUUUAAACAUGAUACGCGAUCUAAAAAACUGUGAAUUACAAUUGCUUGA